CCAAAUCGAUUUGCGUACCGAGAAACUAGCUAUCCAAAAAUUUAGGUGCUGACAGCCUGACAUUGACCCCUAUUUUUAGAGUGUCCUCGGAUAUCACCUGAUCGUUCGGCAAAUUCCACUCUCUUGUCAUCUUGAGUUGAUGUACAAACCAGUUUUAUCACUUCCCAUAUAUAAACAAACAAAGAAAGUCUACUUCUUUAUUUUUAAUCUCUAUAGAAUCAGUCGAAAGCCAAUUCACUUACCGUAAAUCCCAAGUUGAAGGUGUUCAACAGAACGUGCAAGAAUUCAUUUUUUCAUCAAAUUCGUCGACCCUUUUUGGUGUUUGAUCUAUUGUUUGUGUUACAUCCGAGUUUAGUGUUUGAUUGAUUUGAUUAGAGACAAAAGGGGGUUGAUCAAUCUUGAAAUUUUGGGGCGGUUCUGUUGCUUUUGAUUUUGCCCAUAAAGUGUUUGAUUGAUUGCUUGAAUGAAAUUUUGAGGGAAGUUAUGGAUAAGGAGGUGGAUGUACGGAAACAGAAAGUGGAUGUUCCUGAGACUGUGGUCACUAUCAGAUUGGAUGAAGAUGCGGAAACUGAAAAGUCAAGAAUUGGUGGGGAAGAGGGAGAUUCGGAUGUGAAGGGAAAUGGGUCGGAAGGGAAUGAGGUGAAAGUGAAGGAUUUGAAGAAGGGUGAUGAUUUUUCGACUGUAAUUGAUGUGAAGUGUGAUGGUGGUGAUGGGAAAUUGGGAGAGGAUUGCCAAAGGGUUUGUAGAAUUUGCCAUUUGAGUACAUCUGAAGCUGAAAAGAAUUUGGUGGAUUUGAUUGAGCUUGGUUGUGGUUGUAAAGGAGAGCUUGGAUUUUUGCAUUCUCAUUGUGCUGAGGCAUGGUUUAAGCUGAAAGGAAACAGAGUAUGUGAAAUUUGUGGGGAGGUCGCACAAAAUGUUACUGGUGUCAGCAAUAACAGAUUUAUUGAAGAGUGGAAUGAUGCAAGAUCUACUGCAAGUGGUACUGGCUCAACCGAAACGACUAGAGGUUACUGGCAUGGGCAGCCAUUCUGUAACUUCUUAAUGGCGUGCCUGGUAAUAUCAUUCGUGUUGCCAUGGUUUUUCCGUGUAAAUAUGUUUUGAUGAGGUAAAGAGGGUAUAUAUUUACUUACUUCCUCAUUAAAAUAGCGUAGAUAGCAAUUGUAUUUGUGUUCAGUACUUACAAACAGCUGAACUUUUAUCACAUUUGCAUUGUUUUGCUUGAUUUGGGCAAAUUUCUUGUUGAUACUCAGAAUAUUUUGGAUACUUAAUGAAGAAGGGCCAAUACUGCCAGCUAAAUAUAGUCUUUGGCUGUAUAAAGUUUCAACA